UUUCUCUUUUCAUCUUCUUUCUUUGUCUUCUGCUCAUCUUAUUCUUCAUUUUGAUUCUCUCAGUUUAUUUGGUGAACUUCAGUAACAGUUUUCAAAACUUUUUAAAUUCUUUACUCAAAUCAGUGAAUCAACUUUUCUUUUUAAAUUUUUUUAUUCGUUUAUUUAAAAUUAUUGUUUCACUUUUUCUUCUAAUUGAUUAUUCAAUUGAACAUCAUCAUCAAGUAAUUUAACAUGGAAACCAACAAAAGUGCCUCAAAGACCAAUCUCAACGAAUCUCAUAUUCCUUUGUUGGAAGAUGAAGGUAAAGAUUCAAAUGCCAAGAAGGAGGAGAAAAUUGAAAUGGAAUCAAAGAAUGACGGUGACAAAGAUGAGAAACCAACAAGUGAAGAUAAAAAGGCUAAAAAGGAAAAGAAGCCUAAAGAGAAGAAAGUUGGACCCAAGAAAACUCCACUUACCUGUGCACAAAAUUGUACCAUUGGAUUGAAUGUAUUGGAUCGAGAUGAGAAACACAUCAACGACCAUAUCAACAUCAAUUUCGAAGAUAUUAUCGCGGAAACUGAUUCUCUUCAUGGUUUCGAAUUUAUCUGGAGAGUAACCUACCUUAUCUUCAACAAUUCCCGAAAUUGGUUCUAUGGUUUAAUCACAGCAAUUCUUGCACCAUUUUUAGCCAUUUUCUGGGCACUCAUUUUCUCCGUUUUCUCAGCCGCCAUGGUUUGGAUUCUCAUGCCACUAUUCAAACUUUUCGAGCUCACCCUCCAUUACGCACACAAGUACUGGAAUGCUGUCGUUCGAUGUCUAUUGGAUCCCGUUUUCGCCGCCGGUGGACUAUUGUUUGGCAACAUUCGCACUCGAACUGAGAAUCACAACCAUUCUCAUCAUUCAGUCUAAAUUAGCUCAAUUAACACCAAUGGAUAAUUAUACAAAUCAACGCAACAUUUGCCACCUCUUUUUUUCGCCCGCCUUAUUUUCGCUUUAAUUUCCACCUCCCGGUUCUUUUCUAACCUUUUAAUUACUUUAGAAAAUUAUCAUUACCUCGUAGCAAUUAAAUUUCUCCUUAGGCUCUCUCUCUCUCCCUCUUUAUCUAACCCUCUAUUUCUCAUCUCUGUCUUUUUCUUCAUCUUUUCUCAUUCAUCAAACAAAAAAUUCUAUUUUACUCUUGAAACGUUUUUUCUUGAUGAAAAAAAAAGAACAAAAUUUUUUUCUAACAAAACAUCUAAUCACUAAUUCGCGAUGAUCAUUUAAAACUCAUCCAAUUCAAUUACGUUAUUAAUCAACAUGCAAUUCAAAUUGAUUUAUAAACAUCUUAGAUGUUUAGUUAAUCAUGAAAAGUUCUGAUUGGUUGAUGUUUAUUAUUCUCUUUUAAAUUGUUCUUUAAAAGUUUAUCACGAUAUUAUUAUUAAUAGUUACAUAGAAAAUGAUUACAAUGAUGAUUAGUAUACAAUUAAUUGCGAAAUAUAAGUUAAUUGUUGCUUUUAAUUAGUUGCUCCCAAAAUGAUUCCUGCUGAUCGGACAAAAUGUUUCCUCGAAUAGUCUGAAAUUGAAUGUGACGGAUACUCGGUAAAUGGCCUCAUCCAGAAAGGUUUCACUAUUCCGUAACUGGGCCAACCAUAGGACUCAAAAUAAGCGAUGGAACAAUUAACUGAAUUAAUUGUAAACAUUGAAAGAACCGCAGUUAAAACAACAAUUAAACCGAUUGACUUUAAAUAGGAAACAGAAAGAGGAAGAUGAAACAAAGAAAAAGUCAACAAUUAGAAUGACAAUUUAUUCAGAUGAGAGAAAGAAACAAUUAAAUUAUUAUUACCUUGAUCAUCAUUAAUUCAUUCAUUGGGAACAAUUAAAAGCAAACAAAUUCACAAUGAAAAUCAAUUAACUUUAAAUUGUUGGUUAACAAUUAAACUCAUAAACUUAAUCCAAAUGGUUGUUAAUAUUAAUCUGAUCACAACGAAAGUCCAACGAAAAAGUUAAUCACAAUUAAAAGUCACAAAAAGAGAAUCAAAAAAACAAAUUAAUCGUCACCAAGUAAACAAUGAAACCUUAAUUUAAAUUGAAUGACACUGAACAAUCAAACGAAACAAUUAACGUUUAAAACAAUUAAAAA